UGUGCUAGCAGACGAAUAUCCAUAUGUUAAUUACUGAGAAAAUUUUAAAUAUAUAUGAAACAAAAAAUAUAUUCAUUAAUAGGAAUUGGCUGAAUGAGAUAAAUAAGAUUAUACAAGAAAGACAGCUUAAUUAUAAUGAAGAUUCUCUUGUUGAAUUUAUAUUUGAACAAGCAAUGAUAAAUGAUAUAACUAUAUCAUUUGAUAUUGAUAAGUAUGCUAGAAUGUAUCCAUUCCCUAAAGACGUUAUAAAAAUGCCCAAGGGAAAACUUAAAGGAUAUCACAUUGUUCAGAUUUUAUGGGCUAAAGAUAUUGGAAGGUCAGGAUAUUCCCAAACUCAUAAAGAUGACUAUUUUUUUGCCAAAGAAAACCAAUUUUGUGAAGAGGAGGAAGAUGAUAUUAAAAAAAUGAAAGAAGCUAAUAAAAAUUAUUUUCCAACUUCUAGAAUCUUUUUAUUUAGUUUAACUGAUGGGUUUCAAAUUUUCAAGGCCUUUGAAUAUAACCCUAUUUAUAUUGAUAACAAUUUUGAACCUGGUUCAAAAGCUGUAUUGCAUGGUGAAAUUGAUAUAAGAUUUGGAAAUAUUUUAAUUAAGCCUAAAAAUUUUAUAUUUAUUGGUGGUAUAGUUAAUCAAAUAUGUUCAGAUAUUAAUACCAAUACCAAUAAAACUAAUUUUAACACUCAUCUUCUAACAACUUAUUCUAAUUUUGUGGAUUUUAGUAAUAAUGAGGAUGUAAAUAAUUUGUUCAAAACAAAUAAAAAAUUAAAGAUAUCACUUAAUAAAACACCAAUACAAAAAACAUAUCUUAAUAAUGCAGAUUCAUUGCCCAUAAAUCCAGCAAUCUCAUUUUCCCAAAAUAAAAAAGAUGAGGUUGAAAUUAGUGUAAAUUUUAAUAAAGAUAAAUUAGUUAAAUACACAUCAUUAAACAAUUUAAAGAAUACAGGCACUUUUAUCUUAAAGAACACAAAUUCAUUCAAGAAAUCCUUUCAAAAUGCAAUGCUAGUCAAUGAUAAUAGACAAUCAAUCGCACCACCUAACUCUAAUCAAAAUAAAACUUUAGAUUUAUCACCUGAAGAAUAUGAUAUUGAUGAAAUAAAUAUGAAUAAGUCUCAAUCUGACUCAAGUCAUCACCAAAUAUUUCUUGAUGACACAUCAUUUCAACUUCCAAACAUUCUUCAACCCAAUUUUGGAGAUGAAGAAGAUAUCUGUGUUUAUUGCCAUAGCCAAAAUACCGAUACCGAUAUAUGUAAUGACAGAAAUAAUUUUAAUAUCAUCAAAGUUAUUAAUAAAAAUGAGGUCAAAAAAGCAAGCAGGACCUCAAAUAUUAAUAACAAAGUUGACAACAAAAUUUUAAAUAAUCCUUCUAAUGAUGUAUUUGACAAUGAGAAUUUUAAAUCUAAUGAUAUUUUAAGUUUAACUGAAUAUGAUCUAAUGAAACAAAUGCACCAAAAAAAGAUAGAUAUCCAUAUAUCGCAAUCCCCACCAUCAAUCUCCACAAAAAUUCAUAAUAGUUUGAAGGAGGUGCUUCCCGCCAAAAAAAUUCAUAGUUUAAAGAGACUUUCAGAACCAUCUUUAAAAGAAUCCGCCAAAAUUGAAGAUUCACAAAAAUUUGGAAAUGCGAUAUCCUACAAUAUUCGAUAUUUAUUUGACGUUAAACACUGGUUGUCUAGGGAUUCAAUUAAUUCAGUGCUACUUGAAGAUUAUACUAUUAAAGGGUUUAUCCAUACUUUGUUAUCAAAAUUAGAACGCACCGAGGCAAAGUGUUGGGCGCUAAAAGUUAAAAUAACGGAUGGUACCGGUAUUUUGGAUGUUAAUAUUUCUAAUGAUGUACUAACCCAAAUAUCCGGAAUUUCUUGCGCUGAUUUUGAAGAAUUGAGCGUUCAAGCAGCUAAAGACAGUAUUCUUAAAUUAAAGAAAAAUCAGAUUAUAACUAAUUUCCAAAGAAAACUUAUAAAUUUAAGCGGGAUAUUUCACUUAGCUAAAUGCUUGAAACUAUUACACCAUCACCCAGCUUCAACGGACAAAUUUAUCAACAUAAAUGACGCGAAUCACAAUUUCCCAAUAUUAUAUAAAUACGAACCAAUAAAUUUGCUACACACCAAGCAUAUGUACGAAAAAUUAAAAGAAUGUCAUUAAUAAUUAUCGCUUAUAUUAAAAUAAGAAUUAUUAUUAAUUUACAAUUUUAA